AUGAAGUUCGCCACUUUUGCUCUCUUUGCGAGUCCGCUGCUGGUGGACGCGAGCAGUAAAAGCACUUUGAUCAGAGCCACUCGCCCGCAGAAGCAGGCACAAGGCUAUCAAGCGGAUCUGUUUCGGGGCACAAAUCUCAAACAGGAGCAAUCGGUGCUCAACAACUCGGACCUAUGGUAUACUACGCGCCAGGGCAAGCCGCACUUCCAACCGCUUGGUGCGCAACGUGCUGGCGAGAGAGGUCCUUUGCUACUCCAGGAUACGCAUAUGCUGGAUACACUGGCUGCAUUUAACCGAGAGAGGAUACCGGAACGCAUUGUACACGCACGUGGACUUGGAGCACAUGGCUUCUUUGAAGCCACCACCGACCAUGCCGAGAAGUUCUCGGUGGCAGAUGUCUUCAAGAAGGGCACGAGGACUAGUGUAACGAUGCGCUUCUCGACAGUCGGUGGUGGACGAGGCUCAGCAGACGAAGCCAGAGAUCCACGUGGCUUCGCGAUCAAGUUCAGGACCAAGCAAGGCAUACUCGACUGGGUGUUUAACAACACCCCGGUCUUCUUCAUUCGCGAUCCAGUCAAAUUCCCGCGCUUUAUCCACACCCAAAAGACCGACCCGGCGACGAAUGUUCGAGACUGGAACACAUUCUGGUCAUGGCCAGCACAAUUCGGGGAAGCGAUGCUGCAGUUCCUCCGCCUCUUCAGUGAUCUCGGAACACCUUACGGCGUGAGGCACAUGGACGGGUGGUCCGGACAUACUUACCGUCUAGUCCAGGCAGAUGGCAGCUGGGUCUACACCAGAGUCUACCUUUCCACGGAUCAGGGAAUCAAGAAUUUCACUGCUUCCGAAGCCGCAGCUGUAGCUGGAGACAACGAUGCCUGGGCAACAAAGGAUCUCUUCGAUGCCAUCGAGAAGGGCGAUUACCCAUCAUGGACAGUUGGAAUCGCCACCAAGACUGUUGAAGAGGCUGAUGCCUACCGCUAUGAUGUGCUGGACCUGACCAAGGAUUGGCCAGAUGCCGAAUACCACGAGAUCGGCCGUAUCACCCUUACACAAAACCCAGAGAACUACUUCGCGGAGAUCGAGCAAUCUCACUUCUCCCCAGGCCACACAGUCCCAGGCUGGGAACCCAGUGCAGACCCAGUCCUCCAAUCCCGUCUAUUUGCCUACGGCGAUGCUGGCCGCUACCGCGUCGGUGUCAACGUCGACGACGUACCCGUCAACUGCCCCUUCACCAGCGUCGCAAACUUCGACCGCGACGGCCACUUGACGCAACACGGCAACCAAGGCAGCAGGAAGAACUUCCCAGCGGAAUAUAUCGACCCACUGAACGUCAUCGAGAAGCCCGCCACCGUCAUCGACGAUGACCUCGCCAUGUAUGGCACCAAGACUGUCCACUGGGAAUCACAGAUCGACGAGGACAUUGACUUCGAGCAGCCGCGGAUGUUUUACGAGGGUUUCUCGCAGACGGAUAAGGAUCAUCUGUACAGCAAUGUUGCUGGUACACUGGUGAAUGUCGAUAACACCAAAGUGUUUGAUGCUAUUUUGAAGCAGUUUGGGAGAGUCAGUCCGAUGCUGAAGCAGGGGAUCAGGGAUGCGUAUGAGGUUGCCAAGGCUGAGGCGGCGAAGAAGACGCAAGAAGGCCUUUAG